AUGCCCAAAGAAAUCACAUCCGAUAGCGCAAACACAUCAUCAUCCGCGGUAAUGACGCCAGAACAGACUGCAACCUCUGACUCAAUUGCCGACAAAACAUCCUCAAUGUUCCUGCGAGCCAAGAACUUUGUUCUGAGCACCAGCGAAUCCGUAAGAGAAACCUUCUACAAGACCGUUGAUCAAAUUGACAAGAAGCAAGAAGAGUCCUCCAACGACUCAUCCAAGGACGUGUCUAAGAGUUCUUCCAAUGACCCAUCAUCUUCUAAAGACUCAUCCAAGAAGAGUUCUUCUUCCAACGAUUCGUCUAAGAAUUCAUCUUCAUUAAGCGACUCCUCCAAGAAGAGUUCUUCUAAGAGCUCAUCUAAACCAUCCGACUCUUCAUCUAACUCCAAAUUCAACUCUUCAAGUCGCAAGGAACAAUAA